UGAGGGCUGUGUAUCUUAUACCUCGAGUCAAACACAAUUCCAAAAAGAUGCCAACAAUAACAACAAAACCUCUGGUUCGAUAAGGUUUUUCUAUCGCAGCAGCGGCAAAUCCCAAGUCCCUUCCGUUCUCUUUGCUUUCCUUACUGCGCAAUUCGCGAGAAAGAGUGCUUCGUAUUCAGGCAUCAAUGGGGUCCGUAAUUCGUGAGUGGGGCGGGUUCCAACAGUUCCCUGCUGCCACGCAAAGCAAACUUGUGGAAUUGUUUGGCAAAUUAAAAGAAGAGGGUGUAAGUACUUUAACCAUUCUUGUUAUGGGCAAAGGUGGAGUUGGAAAAUCUUCAACUGUCAAUUCUCUCAUUGGGGAGCGUGCGGUUAAUGUGAAUUCCUUCUCGGCUGAGAUGUCAAGACCUGUAAUGGUCUCAAGGUACCGGGCUGGAUUCACAUUAAACAUCAUUGACACUCCGGGCAUUGUGGAGGGUGGCUAUGUGAAUUACCAAGCUUUGGAGUUGAUUAAACGGUUUCUUUUGAACAAAACUAUAGAUGUUCUGCUCUAUGUUGAUCGUUUGGAUGCAUAUAGAGUUGAUGACUUGGAUAAGCAGAUAAUAAGUGCUAUCUCUGAUAGUUUUGGAAAAGAAAUAUGGCGUAAAAGUUUGCUUGUCCUCACUCAUGCACAGCUGUCCCCACCAGAUGAUCUCAACUAUGAUGUUUUUUUGGCAAGAAGAUCUGAGGCUGUCUUAAGGACUAUUCGUGCAGGAUCACGGAUGAGGAAACGUGAUUUUGAGGACUCUGCUAUUCCUGUUGGUUUGGUUGAGAACAGUGGGAGAUGCAAUAAAAAUGAGAAUGAUGAAAAGAUUCUUCCAAAUGGUGAUGCUUGGAUUCCAAUCUUGGUGAAAGAAAUCAUUGGGGUUGCUACAAAUGGGAAUAAAUCUGUUGUAGUGGAUAAGAAGUUGAUAGAUGGAUCCGAGUCAAAUGACAGGGGGAAGAUGCUUAUCCCUCUCAUUCUAGGGGUUCAGUGGGUUAUUGUGAAAUGGAUACAAAGAGCAAUUAAAGAUGAUAUUGCAAAAGGGAGCAAGUCUUUGUGAGCGCUCCUCACUGUGUUUUCUAUUUUUUUUUUUUUUCCAGAGUGUAAGUCCUUAUGUGGGUAUGUUUUGCUUUAUUUAUUUAUUUAUUUAUCUCAACCGUUCACCUUCCUAUCUUCUGUUACCUCACUUUCUGAAAGUUCAAUCAGUCUUUAGCUAAAAUGUCAGUUUUUGGUGUUGUUAGUGACGGAACAUUAGAGAAAGCAGGUUAUUAUCUUUCAGCUGAGUGUAUUUUUGUUUUGGAACUCCAUGCAAUAAAUUCUUGUCAGAACGUUUUUCUAUUUA